AACCAAGAUGGUUGAAGCAAGAUCUCAGCUCAUUCAUUAUUCGAGAUUUUACACCCCUCUAGUCAGUAUUGUGGGUGGAGACUGUCUGCCUCUCCCUAGCUUCCAAGAGGCGUGUCUUCACACCUCUCUGCUCACAAACCUCACAAAGCACGGGUUUCAAGUCCCUACUCCGGUGCAGCAGUACACUAUUCCUUUAAUAAUGGCGGACAGAGAUGUGAUGGUAUCCGCCCAGACUGGCGGAGGGAAAUCAGCCGCCUUCUUGAUUCCGAUCAUUCACCGAUUAGUCUCAGAAAAGGAGACUGGAGGAGGCCGUUGUCUUGUUGUGACCCCGUCCCGUGAGACCGGUCUGAGACUGGUUCAAGAGGCGAGGAGGCUGGCAGGGGGAACUGAACUUAUAAUCAGGGAUUCUAUUCCCGAUUUUCACUCCACUGCAAGACAAAGGUAUAAGAAGAAGGAAGAUGACCCCAACCUGACGUGGAACAUUCUAGUGUUAACCCCAUCUAGACUAGAUGGUUUGUUCAAACCGGAAAAGACGAGAAAAAAAGUAGGAGACAAGGUUGAUGAAGGAAAGAUAAAGGAGGAAAAGGAGGAAAAGGAUAAAAAGGAGAAAAAGGAGGAAAUGGACGAGAACAACAUGGAGAAAAAGGAGGAAAGAAACGAGAAAGAAGAUGAAAAGGAUAAGAAAGAGAAUUUAAGAUUUCUGGUCCUUGAUGAUUUUGAAAGAUUAUUUGAGAUGGGUGCAGUACUUAAUGUAAGGACGGUGAUAGAAAAGCUGAAUCCUGGUUUUAACACAUUAAUCUUUUCUGCGUACAAUGAUAUGAAUAUUCGAAAGAGAAGCGAAGGUAGAGAGGAACAGAAGGAGACAGAGAAGGAAAAGAACAGCGAGAGAGACCCACAAUAUUCUGAAACAAAACUAGGAAAAAAGGAAAAGGACAGUGGGCAGGGUGACCAGAUAGGACAGUCAAAACUGCACACAAACAGGUUGCUACAAUAA